CAACCAUUUUACUUCUUUUUCAUUUGCUUCUUUUCUUCGAGAGACAACCGAGAAAGAAGAAAAAGGAAAGAAAAGAAAACAAAGAGAACAAAAAUGAGACCUACCGAAGUUUUCAUCUUUUUAAUGUUAAUUUACAUCGUUAUGGCUACCAGAUGCAUCAUCGAGGAGAAGUCGCAGGAAGAACCGGAGAUACACGUUAUUCAUUUGGAAGACGAAAACAACGACUCUUCUGGAGAACCCGAGGUAAUAUCCUUUCAUAUCCCGGACAAACGGAAACGGGAAGUUUGGGAUAGCAAGGCGAAAGUAUUCUGUAGGAAUGACGAAGAUUGUGAUCCUGGCGAAAUUUGUAUCGCCUAUUUAAGAUGCGUCAAGAUCGUCAAGAAAAUCAAUUCGUCGGAGAGUCAAAUCGAACAGGGAAAGGAAAUAUGAUUCUUUAAAUAAAAUUUUUUUAAACGAUAUUAUCUCUUAUACUAUGCUUUACUCAAUGGUUUACGAUUUAUCUAAAAAUAAUCAAUAAAAAUAUAUUCCAUAUAGCUAA